AUGAAUCCAAUAACCGUUGUAACUGGUCUGGCUGUCUUGGGUACCUACUUAUACACUGCCAAAAAGAAUCAAAGACGCCUGGCAGCAGUCCCGGCCCGUAAAGAGCGUGUGGUCAUUCUAGGAUGCUCAUCAGGCAUUGGUAGAGAAACAGCAUUAACGUAUGCUGCACGCGGUGCAAGUCUGGUUCUUUUUGCACGACGCAUGGCCAUGCUGGAAUCGCUUGAACAGGAAUGCAAGGAUCGAGGUGCGACCAAGGUCUUGGUUGUCCAAGGUGAUGUGGGAUCCCAGGUUGAUCUAGAGAAAAUCAAGACACGAAGCCGGGAAGAGCUGGGUGGACUGGACACCGCAAUCUAUUGUGCAGGCAUGAUUUCUGUCCGCCCGUUUUUCGAAGCCUGUAAUAUCGAGUUCCAAAAAUCGUCAGACCAAAAGAGCCAUUACACAGCUAUUGAAACAAAGAGUACAAGCUCAUACGAGGCGCUCAAGAAAAUUACGGACAUUAAUUAUUUUGCAGCAGUCGAGGCUACACGAGUCUUGUUGCCUUUGAUGAUCGAGACGUCCGAUAUGCCCAACUGGAUUGUGAUUUCGUCGAUGGCCGGUAAAGUAGGUGCUCCUACGCGUGCAAUGUAUGCCGGGUCCAAGCAUGCGGUCCACGGAUUCUUUGACUCGUUGCGGGUAGAAGUGGAAAAGUAUGGAGUGCACGUGGGAUUGGUUUGUCCGGGUACGGUUGAUACUGAGCUCAGAGCAUCAGCAGUCGACAGAGGAACAGGCGAGAUUGCUGGAUCAACCAAGGGCAAAUUGUCGCCACAGUCUGUAGCCAGUCGUAUUGUGGCUGCCUCUGAUAGACGAGAGAGAGAGGUGUAUAUUCCGGUCAUGUUUGGAUAUGCAGCAGUAUGGGCCAAACUGGUGGCAAGCGAAUUGGUUGACUGGGCAGCAAAGCGAAAGUACAGCUCUGCAUAGAAGAAAAAUCACAUAUAUAUAUAUCCC